AUGACGAGGACACAGUUGUUAGCUUUAUAUUUGUUGCGUAGCAACGCACCUGGUGCCAUUGCUUACAAAGAGAUCUGCGAUUACACGGGAAAGGUCCUUUCGUUGGACACCGGGCCCUGUUUCCAACCCAUGUUCCCAUCUUCUCGUCCUCGUCACGUGACAGGCAUGUUCUUUUGAACGCUAACCAUCUUGGGGCAUGACAUCAAGCCAGUGUUUGUGUUGGAUGGGAAGCCUCCAGAGGAGAAAAGGGCUGUGUUUAGUGGCACUCUUAGAAUUACAGCCGAAACCAUAGCUACCUACCUCACAAAAUGGCACCCUCACAAUGAAGUAAUUGAAUACUCUCUAUCCAAGCUGCUAAACAUUCUGAAGAUUACACAUGAAGAGUUUGUGGACUUGUGUAUAUUGUUAGGCUGUGACUACUGCGAUAAGAUUGCAGGCCUUGGCCCCAAGAGAGCGCUGACUCUGAUCCAGCAGCACCGGACUAUAGAGAACGUAGUGCUGAACAUCAACAGAAUGAAUAAGACUCUCCAACCCUUCCUCCUCCAGAACCGCCCUGUACCACUGUUCUGGCAGUACCAGGAACACCACCCUGACCGAGCCCCCUGA